UACUCCACUUCAUAUCCAUUUCACUAAUUAAGCAAAAACAAGAAAGGAGAAUGGAGCUACAACUACAACACUACCAAUCAAGAAGUGGGAAGCAAAAUGUGUAUGGAGUUAAAUUCAACUCAAAAGAUUAUAGAUAUUCAUCUAAAACAUAUUUGCCUGAUCCCACUGCUCACCAAUAUCAAAUCCUUCCUUCUCCUACCAAAAUCAGACACAGUAGAGUCAAUUCAGCCAUCACCAAAGUUGUCAAACUCAGAGAAAGCCUACACAUUUUUGCACAAGGCAUCCGAGAGCAUGUGAAAAUAGGACCAAAGUUUAGCGAGAUGGUGAAAGGAAAGCUGAGACUAGGAGCAAGAAUCCUUGAGGUUGGAGGGGUUGAAAAAGUGUUCAUAAAGAAUUUUGAGGUUGUGGAUGGUGAGAAACUGUUUACUGCUUCUCAAUGCUACUUAUCAACCACGUCUGGACUCAUAGCCGGACUCCUCUUUGUGUCGAGCGAAAGAGUUGCUUUCUGCAGCGACCGAUCCAUCAAACUAACUUCUCCUAACAUAAAACUACACUACAAGGUGAUGAUCCCUUUGAAGAAAAUAAAGAGAGCAGCUGAGAGUGAGAAUGUGAAGAAACCGCGACAAAAAUACGUUGAGAUAGUGACGGAGGACAACUUCGACUUCUGGUUCAUGGGAUUUUUCAACCAUCAAAGAACGUUGAGACAUUUGCAGCAGGCAAUCCAUCAAGCCAGGAGAGACUUUUGGGCAACAGAGAUAGUAUAAGAGUGUCGUUCGUUAUUGUCUGGUUUUCUUCAUUUUAUUUCAAUUUUCUCCUUAGUAUUCGGAUGUACAAAACUAGGUUGGUGUAUACUGUGAUGAAUUUGUGAGUGUAGAAAUGAGGGACUAGAUAUUUUGAGUGUCAUCCUUUGAGACUCCAAAAAUGGAGAGGCAAAGGUAGAAGAAACUUGAUCAUGACUCACUAGUCACUCCUUUGUGCAAUAUGGUUGAACAAUUAAUGUUACUACCUACUAUGAUACGUUGAGAUCUAC